AUGGAGACCUUUGAGGAAAGCUCUGAUCAUCUCUUUGAAGACUUGAUGAUCCCUGAUGGUUUCAUGGAAGAUUUUCUAUUUGAUGAUGCUGCUUUUGUCUCAGAACUAUGGUCUCUAGAACCUGUUAACCCAGUUCCUAAACUGGAGCCUAGUUCACCGGUUCUUGAUCCAGAUUCCUAUGUCCUAGAGUUUCUGCAGAUGGAAGCAGAAUCAUCAUCAUCAACAACAACUACAACAACAGCAUCACCUGAGGUUGAGACUGUCUCAAACCGGAAAAGGUCAAAGAGAGUUGAAGAGACAAGGCAUUACAGAGGCGUGAGAAGGAGGCCAUGGGGCAAAUUUGCAGCAGAGAUUCGAGAUCCUGCCAAGAAAGGUUCCAGGAUUUGGCUAGGCACUUUUGAGAGUGAUAUUGAUGCUGCAAGAGCUUAUGACUAUGAAGCCUUUAAACUCAGGGGAAGAAAAGCUGUGCUCAACUUUCCUUUGGAUGCAGGAAAGUAUGAUGCUCCGGUCAAUUCUUGCCGGAAGAGGAGAAGAAGCGAUGUAACAGAGCCUCAAGGAACAACUACGAGUACUUCAUCAUCAAACUAAUGUGACUAGUGUUGCUUAAGUUUAUACUAUAGGUAAAUAUCUAAGUAUGUGAACUAUUAUGUAUAGAGCCAAGGAUAUGUUGGAUUAGUGUAGUUAAUGUGUUGCAAAAUAUGUACUAGAAAAUUUCCUGUAACAAUGGAACUUCAGAUCAAAGUUUCAAAAAAAAAGACAACUUCAGUGUUCUUUCGUCUCUUAGAGAGCUUCAGGUUGUCAGAAACAAGUUUUUGUCCAAGAAUAUGUAAGACUCCGAGUUGUGAUAUAUAGAAAGGUUUAACAGAA